CAUCUGUGUAAAGCUGUGUGUUUACUUCCCAAAUAGCAUGUCUAAACCUAUUUCUGAAAUCUUUCCUGUUGGUGAGUUACACUCAUGGAAAACAGAAGUAGUGACACUAUUUCCAGCAUUUAAACCAUUUUAUUCAGACAGUUGCUUAAAAAGACUGUGUUGCCACAGAAGAUGAUAACUUCAGUGAUAAUCCUCACAUCAGGCAUCUUUGUUACAUUACAUGCAGCAUCUGUUUUGACUGUAGUCGGACUGGUUGGAGAGACGGUUACUUUGCCAUGUAAAUAUGAUGUAAAGACUCAUGGCAUAUCAAACAUUUGCUGGGGCAGAGGGCAGUCCUGGUUCAGCUGUGAAAAAACACUCAUCGCCACUGAUGGAAUGAGUGUAACCUUCAGAGAGUCCUACAGAUACAGUUUACCCAGCAUGCUACACAUGGGGAACGUUUCACUGACCAUCAAGAAGGCACAAAACGCAGACACUGGAUUUUACACAUGCCGUAUUGAGAUACCAGGAUUAUUCAAUGACCUCAGCAGCUCUGUUUUGCUCUUUGUUUCAAAUGGACUCAACCCAGUCAAUGUCAUCACAGGCACAGAACCUGCUGUUUCUGCAGAGAAGCAAGUAGGAACUCAAGAUUUCACUGCUGAAUACUCCAGUGCUGGUUCAGUUUCACAGCUGCAAAAUGCUGAGGAUACACUGGAAGCCUUUAUUCUAACUACAUUGAGAGUAGGAGCAGUAAUAUUCAUCCCUGGUUUAAUCAUCGCACUUGUAUGGAAAUUGCAGCGCUCCAGAAAACACAGAGAUAGCAGUGGAAAAGAAAACGUCCCCACCCAACAGCAGAACGCCAGCCCCCACGUCCACACGCCUGUGCAAACACCACACGCAGAGGACAAUUAAGAUGUGUUUUAGCUGUGAAUACUUGGCCAUCAGGGCAUAAAGAGAUGACGUAUACAAUAGGAUGUAGAAUGAUCUUUGUUUUUUACCUUGUUUCCACCUUGUGAGAGACUAAAAUCUGCUUUAUUCUUCUACUCUCUUAAAAAUUAAGCUUCCUAAAUGUUUUAAUUGUUGUAAUUUUCUAAUCUCAUUAUUUCCUUAAAGGACCACACCAAAUAAUUUUUUUUUGCUUCCACAAGGCACUUUUAACUUUUUAAGAGCAUAUGAUUCUAGAAUAGAAUAGAAUAGAAUAGAAUAGAGUCCAAUUAUGUUGGAAAUUUGUCUUUGUUCUUCUUUGUCAUACUACAACUUAGAACAACAGUUUUAAUCAUUCUCCACUAACAACACACAAUCUUGUGAAACAGAAAUGGAUGAUCAGUAAUAAAUAAAACAUUUUACUUAA